GCCAGAGAGUUAGACUUUUGCCAGGUUCAAAAAUGUCUGACGGUCCUCAGCAUUCAUAGACGUCAUCAAGCGGCGACACUGCCAGCCUGGAUUGAGCAUCCUGAGACAGCACCAUGGCAGGGAGCAGGCUGGAGAAACUGGGCACAGCCUACACACGAGUACGGGAUCUAUUGCGUUCAGGAGUUAUUAAACCAAAAAAUAAACCAGUCUGGUUUGAUGUGUAUACUGCUUUCCCACCAAAAAGAGAGCCAUUGUAUGAAAAACCAUCUACGAGUCGAAAAGUCGAAGACAAUGUGCCUGCCAUUUUCUAUCAAGAGGAUUUAAUUAGAGCAAAGUUCUAUGAAGCAUAUGGCAAUGGGCCAAGAGUUUUUGAAUUGAGACAAACCAAUUUUAGAUCCACAUGCCAGAGGUUUGUAGAGAAAUAUAUUGAACUUCAGAAACUAGAACAAGAAGAAGAUAAGCUAUUUGAAGAAACAGGCAAAGCACUUCUGGCUGAAGGGAUUAUUUUAAGAAGAAAAGGAAUGUCUGGGAUGCAGCAUCAGCAAUUACCGGUGACAACAAGUCAUAAUCCAGUACUAGAUAUAAACAUCAAAGCUAUGUUGGAAGAAGCUCAACAGGAACCAAUACCCAAAGAUGAGACUGAUAAACAACCAUCACCCUCCUAGAUGUCCUUCACUAAAUUAAUAGCAUUCAAAAGACUCCGGACAGGACUAUACAUUUUAUAUUAUUGUUCUAUGUGAACAUGCUUUCUAAAUUAAAUAAUAAAAUUGCAUAUAUUCCAA